ACCAUCCUUAAGCCACUGUAUGAUGUUGUCAUAUGGGGCUGAGUUAAAGAAGCGCCCUAAACUAGAAAAACCUGAAAGAUGAGGGAAGACUAAAGGGAUUAUACUACAUAAUUCCGUUAAUUUUACGGAAUACAUACGUACUGUAUGUAUUGUAAUUCUAGUGCAGGGUGUGGAAAGCCCCGCACUCCAAACAUUUGAAAGACACGCUCCUCCUCUUAUCCACAAAUAGCAAAGCAGAAGGUGUGUCCUCCAGCUUUCUGAGUAUAACACCAGGGGAAACUCUUCACUGCGGAAGGGAAACAAAGAGAGAACAGCGUUGUUGAAGUGAAAUUCUCACAUUUCAAAAGAGGAUGUCCGUCAGACUGUUUCUCCUCACUCUCUCUAUUCUCUCUGGCCUGUUGAGCUGCUAUGGCUUCAGAAUUUGUGCUUUUAAUGUUAAGAGUUUUGGUGAUUCAAAAUCAGCUGAUGCCAAAAUCAUGAAUUCUGUAUCAAAGAUUGUAUCUCGCUGUGACAUAUGUUUGCUCCAGGAGGUCAGAGAUCAGAAAAACAAAGCCAUCCCACGCCUGCUUGCUGCAGUCAAUAGGCUUAAUGAUAAUGAUUAUGACUAUGUGGCAAGUCAACGUCUUGGGAGAACACAGAUCUAUCAGGAGCAAUACGUUUUUGUUUACAGGAAAAGCACAGCAAAGCUGAUAAACCAGUAUCAGUAUCCAGAUACACAGAAAGGGGAUGUAGAUGCUUUUUCCAGAGAACCCUUUGUGGUACGCUUUCAAGCCCCUAAAACAGUGGCCAAGGAGUUUGUCUUGAUCCCGCAGCACACCACUCCUUCAAACGCCACCAAAGAGAUCGACGAACUCUAUGAUGUGUUUGUGGACAUUAAAGAACGGUGGAAAAUUGAGAAUGUGAUGUUCCUUGGGGACUUCAAUGCAGCUUGUGGUUAUGUGGCAAAAAAGAACCGUAAGAACAUCAGGCUCUUCUCUGACCCGUCUUUCAUCUGGCUGAUUCAGGAUAACGUUGACACCACGGUGAAACAGUCGACUGACUGUGCAUAUGACAGAAUUGUUGUACAUGGAGAGCAAUUUCUUCGAACAAUCGAACCGCUUUCAGCACAGCCAUUCAAUUUUCCUAAGGAAUUCCGUCUUACAGAGACUGAGGCUUUAGAAGUGAGUGAUCAUUAUCCCAUCGAGGUGGUCUUCAAAACUCAGAAGUCAAGGUCCUUCGCAGGAAGCAGCAAAGCUUUGUGUGUUCUGCCUACAGCGUUUGUCCUGAACAUCUUACUGCUACUGCAGGUGAUCGUAUGAACACAAAUGAACUAGAAGUGGAUUAUUCAUCUCAACUAGAUGAAGUGAAGACUUUACUUCGCUGUUACACAGCUGCUACGUACUCGAGCUCAUACAGAUCCACAACCACAUCUACAGAAUGUGCUGAAUAGUGGAUGUGACUGAAUAUUAUGUUUAAUAGCUUUUAAAAAUUGAUAAUUAUUGAGAAUUUCUUUUUGAUAAUUAAUUACUGUAUGAUUUUGACUUUUGUGAUUAUGUUGAUACCUUUUGGAGCUUUUUGGAGAACUAUAUAUUUUAUCAUUGUAAUAAAUUCUCAUCCUUUUUACUGUGGAAACAUUCAUGAAAUGUUUUAUAUAUGGACCAUUCUACAGAAUUGGUGCAAACCACUGUGCCAAAAAAAACAAAAAAACAUUUAAAAAGCAUUUAAGUAUUCAAAUCUUAGAUGUUUGCUAAGAUCUUUCCAUUAUCUUUUGAAACCCACAAAAAUAUUUAAAAUAUUAGUAAUCUUAAAAUAUAUAAAAAUCAUCAUUUAUUUGGUACUUUCAAUUGGGAGGUGGCUGUCCCAAAUGCUAACCCCUAAAUUUCAACUUGUACAUUUUAUUCCAUUGUUGUUUUUGAAAAUAUCUUUUUGAUUUUUGAUUUUUUUUUUUAAAGUGAAGUUCAAAAAAUAUUUAUUUUAUAUUUACUUUGUACAAAAAAUGUGUUGUGUAUUUUCAUGUCACUUCUGAAACAGUGUAUGUUUUAGUCUAUUGGCUGAGACUGAUUUUUAACUACACCCAUCACGACCGAAACUUGUCAUCGUUUCGGUAGUGACAAAAGGGAACACAAAAUCCUUUAUUUGGGGGAAAUAAUCAAAAGUUUAGUACAGUUAUUUAAAUUCUUUUUAUGUUUUAGUAGUGUUUUUGUAGGUGAGUUACAAUGCUGUAAUGUGAUGUCACUGUCACUACCGAAAAUGUGCAGUAAUAAUAUAUAAAAAUAAAGUAUAUUAAAUUAUCA